AAAAGACCUGAUUCUUUUUGGGAACAUGGGGUGUCUGUCAGCGGGGAAUUCAUUUAAGACAGAAAGCAGAUGUCGCAGGGUUGGCUGGAAGAAAAUGGUUCUCCAUUUCAUUCUUUCCACCGAAGUUCUCCAGCAUUGCAAUGUGACAACUCUAAUUUUUCAGAAUAAAAGGAAACAGCACUCAUUGUCUGCUCUGAAAAGCAUUUAGCGGCUCUCCGGGUGGUUGACUCUGUUGCCAUAGUUUUUAUCAGCUCAAACGGUCUUGCUUUCUUUCUUUUUUUUGUUCUUUUUUAUCUUUAUAAGGAGGCCUGGAGGGAUCCCCAGCAGCUGUCCAUCAAUCCUUCCAGCCAGCAGCGAUGCAGGGGCUGGUGUGGAGCCUGUGUGCCCUGCUCUGCCUCUCGCUGUGGGAAGAGAGUUACUGCAGGAGCUCCAGGGAAACCCAGAGAACCAAAGAGCCUUUCCUUCUGAGGAGCAAAAGAGCUCCUAUAGAUCCCAAUGCUAAACAGUGUUCCUAUACUUUCCUAGUGCCUGAGCAGAGAAUUACAGGUCCAAUCUGUGCCAGCACCACAGGCCCAGAGCCAGACAAGGACAGAGUGACCCGUAUGGACAUAGCAGAUGUGCGGGAGGUGCUUAACAAACAGCGGCGUGAGAUUGAGACGCUGCAGCUGGUGGUGGACGUGGAUGGUAACUUGGUGAACGAGAUGAAGCUGCUGCGGAAAGAGAGCCGAAACAUGAACUCCAGGGUGACCCAGCUCUACAUGCAGCUGCUGCAUGAGAUCAUCAGGAAGAGAGACAAUUCUCUGGAGUUGGCCCAGCUGGAGAACCGCGUCCUAAAUGUGACCUCGGAAAUGAUGCGCCUAGCCUCGAGGUACAAGGACCUGGAGAGCCGCUUCGCCACGAUGGCCGGGGUGGUCAACAACCAGUCCAUUCUCAUCUCAGCGCUGGAGGAGCAGUGCCUGAGGAGCCUUGGGCGGGGCGAACUGGCCCCCGCUCCUCCGCUGGUGCAGGCGGUGCCGCAGAACAUUCCGGUCGACAACCGUUUCACCAAUGAGAUUCAAAGAAACAGCAGGGCCUUUACACGAGGAUCGCGAAAGAACUCACCGACUGUAAGCCCCUUUGGGAUUGACCCUCCACCGCCGCAGGGAACGCUAACCUCUGAUGGUCCUUUCAAGGACUGCUUUCAAGUGCGACAAGCCGGCCACACCACCAGUGGGAUGUAUCUGCUCAAGACGGACAACAGCGAUCAACUGAUCCAAGCCUGGUGUGAACAUGGUCUUGACAAUGGAGGGUGGACCGUGUUGCAAAGGAGGCGAGAUGGUUCCGUCAACUUCUUUAGAAACUGGGAGAACUACAAGAGAGGCUUUGGCAACAUCGACGGUGAACACUGGCUUGGGCUAGAAAAUAUUUACAACCUGUCCAAACAAGGGGAUUAUAAGCUGAUGAUAGAGCUGGAAGACUGGGCAGGAAAGAAGGUGUAUGCAGAGUACAGCAGCUUCCACCUGGAGGCAGAAAAUCAGGGCUAUCGACUGAGGUUGGGCACCUACCAGGGCAACGCUGGAGACUCCUUCAGCAGCCACAACGGAAAACAGUUCACCACACUCGACCGGGACAAGGAUGCUUUCACUGGUAACUGUGCCCACUUCCAUAAGGGCGGCUGGUGGUACAAUGCCUGUGGUCAGACGAAUCUAAAUGGAGUGUGGUACAGCGGAGGAGUGUAUCGCAGCAAAUUUCAGGACGGGAUCUUUUGGGCAGACUAUGGUGGGGGGUUCUACUCCCUAAAGUCUGUUCGCCUCAUGAUCCGACCAAUUGACUAAAACCUCAAAGGGCUUCAAUUGUGGUUGGUUUCGGUUGCACCCCCACCCCAAAUCCCAUCUGUCAUUCGAUUGUCUUCUACUUGUAAAGAUGAAGGCAGAGGAAGUCGCCUCUGUCGGUGUAUCCACAGCCUUAAACUCACAGCUCAAAAAAGGAGAGGACUCGCGUCACAACGCACUCGUCCGUCUGCGUAUGGCUAAGCUGGCUUUGGCAUGUACAUAUUGUUGGGACUUAUUUUUGACCGUUAAUUUAAGAGGUGUGAUUCAACUCAGGCCAAAUGUUUAGUGUUGUCACUCUGCCACUCUUUGUUAUUUAUCUGUGUAUUUAUAGUGAAUGUAGUCAGUCAUGUACUCCUGUAACGACUAAGACUUUUCAUGUAGAGAACUCACUUGCAACACUUGAAGAGAACACAUCCGGAGUGAAUGUGGAUAUAGAAUAUGCAAUGCCAGACAUCCAAAAUAAAUACAUAUUUUUAUAAACAUAAAAAUGUUUGUUUUUACUCAUGCUUUGAUGCAUGCAAUGAUGGUUGAUUUGCAUAAAUCACCUAAAAAACUGGAAACUUAUAUGGAGACAUAUAGUUAUAGCUGAAGAAGCCUUUAAAAACAUACAAAACAGCAGCUCUAAAAAAAAAAAAAGAGCAAAUUGGACAAUAUAACACCUUUGAGCAAAGGAGAACACUAUGACGCUUGAGAAAGAUAGAAAAAAAAGCAACAGCUGCAGCGUGCUCGGAGGGAAACAUUCUUUCCACAUAAAACCACAGAGCCUAUCUUGAAAAAUAGGCCUAUCUUGAAAUGAUGGCUCCCCUCAGAAUAUUCCCCCCCAGAGGUGCUGUAACUCAGAACAGAUAAGAGCGGUCUUACUCUUUAAAAUGCAAGAAGAGUAUAGCUACAGUCAACACACUGCUUCACACAAGUUGAAUAACCAAGCCAAGAAAGUUGAGCGUUAGCGACCGCCUGGUGAAGUCUGAGAUAUCCACGAAUUCUCUGCGGUCCCAGAGCAGCAGCGGCGACGGCUGUGCCGACUCCAGACACACGGUAGUUGGGAAACAAAGCCCCCCACCUGGGAAAUUUUGAUCCGAGCCGUAUCCCACUGUAAUCCUGGUGUUUUCCAUUACACUACCUAUUCCAUAUGCUGAUGCCUGCGUCCCCCCAGCAACCACGACUCAGCAAAAAAACAGCACCGAGCUCGUUUCUGUCGUGCAACAAAAUCUUUCCUUACUGACUAAUGCCAAACACAUCAUUCAGGAAAGUCCCUGUUACCUCGAUUAUCCAUUUUCUUCUUUUAUUCACCAGCACAUAAACUCUUUUAAACAUCUGCAAAUGUUUAGAAAUGAUUCAGAAACAUGUUUGAGGCUUCAAAUCAUUGCUCGCAUUACUUGUGCGAAGCUCCACACAACUGGAUUGUGGGGCUGCAUUCGCUGACAAAACACUUGACAGUUCAUUUGCUUCACAGCAGAUGAUAGAAUGACACACUAAAGGCAUCUUGCAUGGACCUGCAUAUAUAAGAGCUCUUUGUGUGGAUUUACUCAAGAACAAGUUCAUCUGAGCUCACACUGUGCCGAGCACAGACAAGACGGGGCUGUGUCUGCCAGGCUGGACCGCAGGUCAAAGGUCACACCUCUAUGUAUCCUCAUAGGAAAACCUAAUACUCUGUAAUCGCUGAACAGACACACGACUCUUUCUCCAGACCUGUUAUCACCACAGAUAUGAAUCAAACGUUAAAAGGCAGCAACGACAUAAACACGAUAGGAGCCACAAACGGGAUUGCACUUAAGAUCAAUAGUUCCAGAUAUUUUCUUCAGUUUUAGUGAACACAAACUGCGAAUGAAUGGACAUUUCAAUUCAAAGAGGUGCUCUGGAACAAAAGCUCGAGAUUUUGACUGUUCAGAAGGGUCGAAAAAUGACAGGAAAAUGAAUAAGAUCACAUCUAUACAAAAGUAAAUAUAAAAAACAGACUAUGCCACUGGAGAAUUUUCAGACCUCCUUAAAUGAAAAUCCUGUUUUUGGUUUUUAACAUGUUCUUGUAGCAUUUUUCUCGUGAUGGAAGACAUAUAAAAUAAUAAAAGAUUAAAACUU